AUGACUAUAAUUUUCGAUGAGCUGCACCGCGCGUUGCUGUAUGUACUGAUCCACAAAGCAGCCAGCGCUGAGACGUUCCUGCAUUUUAAUGACAAGCUAGCAUUCAAGGGCCUUUCGUUUACUGUACAGUUCAGCCGAGGGGAGGUCAGCGUGGUCGCUUCCCCGUCUCGUCGCCUCCCCGUCUCGUCGCUUCCCCGUAUCGCCGCCUCCACGUAUCGUCGCCUCCCCGUAUCGCCGCCUCCACGUAUCGCCGCCUCCACGUCUCGCCGCCUCCCCGUCUCGCCGCCUCCACGUAUCGCCGCCUCCACGUAUCGCCGCCUCCCCGUAUCGUCGCUUCCCCGUAUCGCCGCCUCCACGUAUCGUCGCCUCCCCCUAUCGUCGCAUCCACGUCUCGCCGCCUCCCCGCCUCGCCGCCUCCCCGUCUCGCCGCCUCCCCGCCUCCACGUAUCGCCGCCUCCACGUAUCGCCGCCUCCCCGCCUCCACGUAUCGCCGCCUCCACGUAUCGUCGCCUCCCCCUAUCGUCGCAUCCACGUCUCGCCGCCUCCCCGCCUCGCCGCCUCCCCGUCUCGCCGCCUCCACGUAUCGCCGCCUCCACGUAUCGCUGCCUCCCCGCCUCCACGUAUCGCCGCCUCCACGUAUCGUCGCCUCCCCCUAUCGUCGCAUCCACGUCUCGCCGCCUCCCCGCCUCGCCGCCUCCCCGUCUCGCCGCCUCCACGUAUCGCCGCCUCCACGUAUCGCCGCCUCCACGUAUCGUCGCCUCCCCCUAUCGUCGCAUCCACGUCUCGCCGCCUCCCCGCCUCGCCGCCUCCCCGUCUCGCCGCCUCCACGUAUCGCCGCCUCCACGUAUCGCCGCCUCCACGUAUCGUCGCCUCCCCCUAUCGUCGCACCCACGUCUCGCCGCCUCCCCGCCUCGCCGCCUGCCCGUCUCGCCGCCUCCACGUAUCGCCGCCUGCCCGUCUCGCCGCCUCCACUUAGACAUGCUUUAUGAGGGCUUCACGCACUGA